GCGUAGGGCAGGCUGAGCAGCCCAUAGGUAAUUAGGUUUCGAUUCUCCGUGCGACAAACAGCGCCACCACGAUGCUGCCGUUCGUCAUACGCCGUUAUAGCCGUAGUAUCCCGCCAUACUUCCGACCCAGUAACCUAUUAUCUUCCUCCUCCUUCUCCGCUGCCUCCGCAGUUCCUCCGCUGGACCGGUUUUCCGUUGUCGAGUACCUUGUAGAUUCCUGGGGUUUAUCUGCCGCCGAGGCAUCCAAGGCCUCUCUCUCCUUAUCUGGUCUCAAAUCUAGUAAGAAACCCGACUACUUCCUCAACUUCUUGAAGUCCCAGGGAUUCACCGACUCCCACAUCAAGAGGAUUAUCAAUAUCAGCCCCGCAAGCAUCUGCAUUAAGGUGGAGCCAAAGUUCCGAUCUUUGCUCGACGCGGGCUUCUCGCAGUCCGACCUAGUCGAGAUAAUUACAUCAUAUCCACGUAUCCUCUGCCAUAACAUGCGUUCUGUCGUCCCCAGGUUGGAGUUCUGGGAUCGUCUGUUUGGAUCGAGGGAGCUUCUUGUUAAGCGUUUAAAGCAAAAAUGGUUUUUCGGUGGCAGUGUCGAGAAAAGAAUCCUUCCCAACCUCAAGUUUUUUAUGGACGUGUGCGGAAUGUCUGAAGAGAAGGCGUAUCAAGCAAUGAGAAACCACCCUGACUUCCUUGUCCAGAAUCCAGAUUCACUCCAGAUUUUGGUCCGUAGAGCCGACGAGCUGGGCGUCGCCCGACAAUCUUCAAUGUACCCACACUUGCUUAUUACUCUUUACGGUAUCAGCAAAGAAAAAUUCGAGGCCAAACACAAAUUGUUUACGAGCCUUGGUUGGUCGGAGUCAGACUUCUUCACUGCAGUCAGGAAGACGCCAACCUUGUUAAAUAUUUCUCAACCUGAGAUACGUAGGAAGAUAGAAUUUUUCGUCAAGGAAGUUGGCUAUUCUCCUUCUUUCAUCACUCAACAUCCAUUAAUUCUGCUAUAUAGUUUGGAUAAAAGGGUGGUUCCUAGGUUUCAGGCGUUGGAGUUGUUGAAGUCCGCAAAUUUAUGGACUGGAAAAAUGAGUCUGCUCUCUUAUAUAUGCCUAUCUGACAAAAAGUUCAUUGAGAAGUUUGUGCUUCCAUAUAAAGAGAAGGUCCCUAAGCUAGUUGACAUUUUUCGCCGGCCAUCAAGGGAGGUGUCCGUCUAAUUUUCGGCUCUAGCAUCCCUAUAAAAGAGAUUUUUAGAAUAUGUAUUCAGUUCAAAAAAAAUUGAUGUUACACUUUGGCACAUUCAACUGUCGCGGCUCGAGACACACUUGGACAACCUACCCUGCUCAAACUUAAGCAUUUCACCAUUCACACCAUUCACACAUUUGACAACUCAAAAACACUGAAUCUGAAUUCUUAAUUGGCACAUCAAUAACUAUAGCUUGAUAAGAAGUCAAGAUUUGCUAUAUUCAGUUGCCAUUGAUCCUAGAAUUAUAGAGAGAGAGAGAGAGAGAGAGCAAAGAAUGGCAUGAGCGUUUCAAGAGAACUGAUGGUAUUUGUGGCAGCACCGAUCUCACAAACAUGAAGAUGUAAAGGGUAUGGUAGUCUAAUGUUUUGGAAUUUAUUGUGUUUUAGGAGAAGAAUUUUCUCCAUUUCAAUCCUACAUGAUUUGAGUAGCCUAUCUUUACGGCUUUGCUGCCCUGCAUCCCAAUUCAUGCCGUUUCUACCAUAAUUUUAAUCAGAGUGCAGAUUGAAUCAUCCUGUUUGACUUGGAAGGAGGAUUGUAUUGUAGUAAAAGAUGAUUAUACUCAUCGUAGGUGCCUUGCACUGAUCCGGAGGUAAAAAUCCGGAGCCCCAUAAGGAGUCAACGCCGAGGGGAGGUCAAAGGGUCCAGUGGCUCGCCGGAAAAGGGCGAGCCGACCGGACUCAGAAGAAAGGGAAAUCUGGUAGUAAAAGGCACCCUGGUAGGGACCAGGGG